CUCUGAGCAUUGCAGAUUCAGGCCUUGUGUCUUUGCCUCCCCUUCUGCCCUUCCCGCUGGGCCGGACCCAGCAGCGUGGGGCUCCCAGCAGGGCUCCGUGCAGGAGGAUCCCAGCCCCCCCAGUGCUGGCCUGAAGCAGUGCUAUUCUCUGGCUAGACAGGGCAGGGAUAGCCCCCCACAGUCUCCGGCUGGCAAGCCGCCCCCCUCUGCCACCAGUAAAUUCACCCACCACAUUGACAUAAACGCAGAUUUGCCCCCAGUGCUAUGCCGGUUACUGGAGUGUCACCCAGCUCCUGCAGCGUGCCCAGCCAUGAGUGCCAGCAAGUCACUCCCAUGGCAGAUCAGAAACGGGGCGCAGGGCUAGGGGUGACCCCAGGGUGCGAAGCUCUGAAGAUAGGCAGAUGUCUCCAGGGGCGCUGACAGGAGUUCAGCGGGAAGUUAGGGCCAUGCAUGUAAAGUUGGGCAGCAGGGAGAUGACUGGUUGGAACAGUAAUACUUUAUUUCCCCCCGUCGCUCUCUCCGUGCUCUGGGUAGGCCAUCCCCUGUGUGUUGGGUUAGAGUCUUUCUAGAAGAUAUGCUCUAGCUCAGACUGGAUCCAGACUCUCACUGGUAGGGUUCUCUGGCCUGUGCUAUGCAGGAGUUCAGACUAGAUGGUCGGAAUGGUCCCUUCUGGCCAUAAAAUCCAUUAAUGGUCAUUCCCAAUUUACAGCUGGGGAAACUGAGUGGCAGAGAGGUGAGGCGGGUCACCUGGGGUCGAACAUCACCAUCAGAGCCAGGAACAGAACACACAUCCCGUCAUUUCGAGCGCCACGCCCUGUCCACCAGUGAACACUCGGAGGCUGGAACCAAUGAAAAUGUGCUGCCAGAUUGUCCCUGCCGAUUAACCCAGCCUAUACAGGCUACUAUGGAAGAGCCCAGAACAGCAGAGAACUUGAGAGAGGCUGGGGCUUCUUCAGAACCGUCCGGCACAGGGCAGAAUGCUUUCAAGAAGCGGGGCACCAAGACAAGUGGGAGACCAGGACCAGGGGAUGCCAGCAAGGCCUCUAAAAAGACGAAGGCUUUCAAGGCCCCCAGGAGAGUGGCCCCGGACUACUUUGUUCAUGAGACGGACAAUGAUAUGCUGCUGAUCAUUUCCAACAUAGGCAGCGGGCAAGACCGCCCUCCCAGGAAAGUGGCAAAGAGAAAGCACCAAGCGCCAGCAAAGAAGCAGCAGCUGCAGCAUGUCCAAAGGACUGGCGUGGCAGGAGAGAGAAAGAGAGAGCAAGAAGGGGCUCCAGCUGCAAAGGAGCCUGUGCUUGGGGGCCAGGCUGAGGAAAGCGGGGCAGCUGCUGGGGCCUCCUGGGGAGAGCGCCUCCCAGUGGAAAUCCUGGUGCGGAUCUUCCAGUCUUUGGUGGCUUCUGAGGGGGCCGUGCCCUUGCUCUGCCGGGUGGCCCGUGUGUGCCGGCUGUGGUACGGGGCAGCUUCCAAUCCCAUGCUGUGGCAGAAGGUGUCAAUCAGCUUCUGCUGGGUGGAGCCUGGCAAAAAGCAGCCUCCCCAAACCGAGAAAAGAAUCCUCAGCACAAUGGAGUGGCUGGUCCAGAACAGGUUUUCACUUCUCCGGGACUUUGCUCUUUGCCACUGGAAGAGCCACGUGCCUGUUGUCCUGAAGGCCCUUGCAGAGUCCUGCCCCCUUCUCGUAUCCCUCAAGCUGACCCACUGCAGUGGAGUGACCACCGAGUCCCUGAGUGCAGUGGCCGAAUGCUGCCCCCGGCUGGAAAGCUUAAACCUGCAGAAUUCCCAGGUUGACUCCUCAGCUGUGGUGAGCUUUCUGGAGGCUGCUGGCUCUCGGAUCCGGCAGCUCUGGCUGACGUACAGCAGCCGGAUGAAUGCCAUCGUCGCCACGCUCUCGAGUGGUUGCUGCCUUGGGCUGCGGCUCCUGGAGGUGAACACGGAGAUCAAGCAGAGCAGCCAGCACCUUCAACUCUCAGUAGAGCAGCUGCAAGCAGCCUGCCAGCAGCUGCAGGUGCUACGUCUGCUCAAUGUGAUCUGGACCCCGAAGCCGAGCCCUCGGUCCGCCCCCACCUCCCUGGGCUUCCCUCAGCUGGAGGAGCUGUGCCUGGCCACUACCUCUUAUUCCUUCGUCAGUGACAGCGUCCUGCAGAAGAUCCUGCAGGCCUCCACCAAGCUGCGGGUGCUGGACCUGCGGGGCUGCUUCCGUGUGACACCCAAAGGGCUGCAGGAGCUGCCGUGCCCCGAUCUAGAGCAGCUGUACCUGGGCUUAUAUUGCAGCGAUAACCACCUGCUCUUGCCCUCGGAGGGCAGCCACCUGCUCACCUGGAAAUGGCACCACAGCCCUGCAGGAGCUUGAUCUGGCAGGGCAGAGCUUCAGCGGAGCGCGACCUGGAGCUUGCCAUGGCCCGCCUUUGGGCAGGGGCAGUGGCCGGGCAGCCCUGCGAUCCCUCAACAUGACCGGGACCAAGGUCACUGUGAGCACUGUC